AAGAGUUGGACGCUUACCCAACUGAGCCACCCAGGAAUCUUCAAAAAUCCACCUCUGCUCUUUGAGAUGCUGCCCAAACCUGGGAUCUAUUACUUCCCCUGGGAAGUCAGUGCUGGCCAAGUUCCCGACGGGGGCACACUGAGAACAUUCGGAAGGUUGUGCCUCUAUGACAUGACUCAGUCCCGAGUCACCCUGAGGGCUCAGCAUGGAUCUGACGAGCACCAGGUCCUGGUGUGUACCAAGUUGGUGGAGCCGUUCCAAGCCCAAGUGGACUCCAUGUAUCUUGUCCUUGGGGAGCUCGAGCACCAGGUGGCCCCAUCAACCCCCGACCUCCGCCCUCUUGGGUCCCACCUGUUGAUGGAGAAGGUUCACCUGCUCUGUGGAUUCCCAGCAUGAUGGUUUCAAGGUGUCCUGCCGCACCGGGCCUUCUGCGUGUCCCAGUCAACCCACCCUCCCGUGGUCCACAAC